AUGCAUGAACUCGUGAAACUCGUGACCAAGCUCGCAACCAUUUCACAUGAUGGCAUGGCUAAGAAGCCUGCGGCUAGCUAUGGCCCAGUUGUUGUUCACUGCGAGGACGGAAUCAGCAAAUCCGGUACGCUUGCAGCCCUUUACUUCCUUUUGGAGUCUUUAAGACAUCUGAAUGCACCAAACGUGAAGGAGGUCGUCACUUCGAUCCGCCAGCAGAGGGCAGAGGCUGUGCCGCAGAUCGAGCAGUAUUACUUCCUAUACAGGGCGUUGCUUGAAUUGGUAACAGUGGACAACUGGUUUGCAGAUGGAUUCGAAUCCAGUCUGGCACUGAUAUAUAUGCUACGAGAUCGUACUACCAACAGCGUUUGCAAUAUUGUGGAAUUAGCAAAAAUUGGGGAACCUUCAAAGUAUGACUUUGCUGGGGAUAUGCUGCUGCACACUGACUUGCAGAAGUUGAAGUUGGAUAUCAGUAACACGCUUUAG